CUCCUCCUCCUCCUUCUUGUUUCUGUCAGUCCCACUCAGCUCGACUCGGCGGAGACGACACGCAAUGGAACAGAGCUCAUCCCAGAGAUCAGCUUGAAACGGGACUUCAGACUGUUAAACCGUGCAUGCUGCAGCACAAGAAAUGCCUUGUGGACUCUUGUUAGUCGUUUAGCGAUUUUCACUUCAUUGGGGGGUCCUCUGGUGAGCUGAACAGCGAUCGUGAUAAGGAGAAAGUCCGUGGAGUAAAUACGGCUACAGUACGGGACAUCCUUGGCACGUCAAGAUGCUCGGGAUAAGUCAACAUUUCACUUUGACAACGGCGGCAGCUGCUGUGCUGCUGGCGUGCGUGUUGUCCUUCAACGUGGACCAGAAGAAUGGAUUGUCAUUCAACGGCCCACUGGAAGACAUGUUUGGCUACACUGUGCAGCAGUUUGAGAACAGCGAAGGAAAGUGGGUUCUGAUUGGAUCGCCGCUAUCGGGCCAACCAGCUAAACGGACAGGAGAUGUCUACAAGUGUCCUGUGGGGAAAGGGGACAACACAUGUAUUAAACUGGAACUGCCUCAAAACACAACAGUUCCCAAAUUACGUGAAGUCAAAGAGAACAUGACCAUGGGAACCACACUCGUGACCAAUCCCAACGGAGGAUUUCUGGCGUGUGGUCCUCAGUACGGCUACAUGUGCGGGGAACAGCAGUACAUCUCAGGCGUCUGCGCAAAUGUGAGCUCUUCCUUCCAGAUCCUGAACUCCAUUGCUCCGUCCGUGCAAGAGUGUGGAAAGGAGCUAGACAUCGUGAUAGUUCUGGAUGGAUCGAACAGUAUCUACCCCUGGUCCAGCAUUAUUGAUUUCCUGGACCGCUUCAUUCACAACAUUCAGAUUGGACCUAAACUAUCACAGGUGGGCAUAGUGUCCUAUGGCGAGACCGUGACUCACCGUGUCAAUCUGAGCCAGUUUGACAACAAGGCUGCUCUGUUGGAAUUCGUCAAAGAUCUUCCUCAGCAGACCGGCUUCAAGACCAUGACGUUCCUGGGCAUUGAUACUGCCAGGAAGGAGGCCUACAUGCCAGAGCGUGGUGCACGACCUGGUGCGAAGAAAGUCAUGGUGAUUGUGACUGAUGGAGAGUCUCAUGACUCCCACAACAAUGUGUCGGUCAUCAAGGCCUGUGAAAAUGAUGACAUUGAGAGGUUUGGCAUUGCUGUCUUGGGAGACUACAACCGUCAGAACAAAAGCAAAAAAGAAGUGCAGAUGUUCAUCAAGGAGAUCGAGUCCAUCUCCAGUAAGCCCUUACGAGACCACUUCUUCAACGUCUCUGAUGAGGUGGCGUUGUUGACCAUCGUGGAUGCCCUAAAAGGAAAGAUUUUUGCCUUGGAAGCUACAACUGGCAAUUCCACCUCCUCCUUUGAGAUGGAAAUGUCCCAAGCUGGGUUUAGUGCACAUACUUCUAAAGAAGGUGUGUUACUGGGAGCAGUGGGAGCGUAUGAGUGGAACGGGACAGUGGUAAUGCAUACUGCUGGUGGAGAAGUUAUUCCGGGGAAGUCCGAUUUCUACGACCCAGAAUCUGAGGCUGGGUAUGAAGCAUUGGCUGGGUACCUCGGUUAUGAUGUUCAGUCAGCAUCAUCCCCCAAUGGAGUGCUGUACAUCACAGGCGCGCCACGGUACAACCACACAGGCCGUGUUGUUAUCUACCAUCUGGAUAAAAAUAACAAAGUUGUUGUCUCACAGAUACUGAAAGGAGAACAGAUCGGUUCUUACUUCGGCAGCGUCCUGCAGACUCUCGACGUGGACGGGGAUUCCUACACGGAUCUCCUCUUGGUCGGAGCUCCAAUGUACAUGGGCUCAGAAAGAAACGAGCAGGGACAAGUCUACGUUUACAAACUCGACAAGGACGGCCAGUUUCAGCAUGAGUUCACUUUAAAACCUAUCAAUCAGUCCUGCUGCACUGCCCACUCAGACAGCUGCACUAAUAAAAAUGAACCAUGUGGUGCCCGGUUUGGUACAGCCAUUGCUGCAAUAUCAGAUCUCAACCUGGACGGCUAUAAUGAUGUGGCAGUCGGUGCGCCGUUUGAGAACGAUCACAGAGGCGCCGUUUACAUCUAUCAUGGAGAUAAGACGUCACUGAAAGAGAAAUAUGUGCAGCGUAUCCCAGCAGGUGGGGACGGCGAAAAGGUGAAAUUCUUUGGUCAGUCCAUACAUGGAGUCAUGGAUCUGAACGGAGAUGGAAUCACUGAUGUUACUAUAGGAGGUCUAGGAGGGGCUUCGCUGUUCUGGUCCAGAGAUGUUGCACAGCUCCGCGCCAACAUGACUUUUGACCCUGUUAAAAUAAACUUGCAGCAGUCUCAGUACCAGUGUGAACGUGGUGGACGCAAAUCUGUGUGUGUGAGCACGACGUUGUGUUUCACCUACAGCAUUAAAUCUGACAAGCAGGACUUAGACUCUGUCACAGAGAUACGCUAUGAUUUGAUUCUGGAUGCUCUGCGCGCAAAAGCCAGGGCUUUGUUUUACGACUCGGACAAUAAAAGUGACCGCAAGAUUACCAAUAGCUUCAAAAUCAGAGACAGAGACACAAAGUGUUUGUCGGAGACCUUCAUGAUGUCGGCCCGGCUGGACUUCAGAGACCCUCUCAUGGUGUCUUUGCAGUUUAGGUUAGCUGAUGAAGACAAAGGCCCGGUCCUUGAUGAAAGCCUUCCCAAGUCCAUCAAUAAGACUAUUCCCUUGGUGGACUGUGGGAGUGACGAGAAGUGCAUUGCUGACCUCUCUCUUGAAGCAGUGCCUAGUGUAAAACAAAUGGUGAUAAAAAAAAACAAAGACAAGAUUGAUGUGACCAUCAGAGUUAAAAACAGCAAAGACAAUGCAUACAACACCAAGGUUAUCCUCAGCUUCACGCCGAACAUCAACUAUGUUAAAGCAGAGCCGGAGAUGGACUGCACUCUGAAUCACACCAAAGUGGAGUGUGCUGUUGGAUAUCCCUUCCUGGCAAGCAAUGUAGAGGAAAAUUUCAAAGUAAAAUUUGAACUGAAUCCCAAACACAUUCAGCGGGAAAUUCAAAUCAAUGUGACUGCAACAAGUGACAGUGAAGAGUUAACCUCUACCCUGCAUGAUAACUCAGUGCAAAUCACCAUCCCUGUGAAGUAUGAGCCUGAACUCAUAUUCUCAGCGAAGACAAACAACAUGGAUCACAUUGUAGUUAAGGAGGGUGAGAAGUAUUCCAGCAUAUUCAAUGACACCAGUAUGAUAGGAGAGGAGAUCAUCAUCACCUACAAGGUGAAAUCAGAUGAUUUGGUGACUCCGCCCCUUGACCUUAAGGUGACAUAUCCUCAACAAUCUCCUCUUAAGAACGACUUACUGUACCUGACACACAUCACCACCAGCCCAAAGGUGAAAUGUGAUGCAACGCAUUUGAUCAACCCUCAUAAACUCAACCCGGGAACUAUGAAACCCAAUCCAAACAAAGAAUCGCUCAGCGUCUACCUGCUGAACUGUGACUCCCUCAAAAACUGUGCAUCAUUUACAUGCUCCAUACCCGAGGCUAAGAUCAAUGAGGUCAACGUUACAUUCAGAGUGUGGAAACCUACGUUCAUUAAGGCCGAGUUUUCCAGUGUGUACAUGGUGGUGAAUGCUAGUCUGAUGAUCAAAAACACAGACCUGUUUGUACUGAACAGCGAUAACAGCUACAGAGAAGUAAAGAUCCAGGUGUCGAAGGAGACCUUAGGAGGAAUCCCUAUAUGGAUCAUCAUCAUCAGCAUCCUGAUAGGUCUGCUGAUUUUAGCACUUGUCAUCUUCGCUCUGUGGAAGUUGGGCUUCUUCAAGAGAAAAUCCAGGGACUACUCAAAGGAGGAAAUAAUGGACUGAGGUAUCCAGCAGCAAGCAGCUCCGUGACUGUUUCUAGAGCCAACAAGUCACAUGAAGUGACAGACUUUUAAACAGACAGUCGGACACACGGAGAAGACGCCACAAGACCCACCACCACCUCAUUGCUACGACACAGUGACUACCUGGAAAACACAAUUACCAUCCACUGUUUCCUACACAGGCCUGGGUCAAAUAUUGUUUGCAAAUACUUCCUAAACCUUGCCCUUUGCUGCUUUAGGCAUUAAGUUGCUUGGGUUUUCACAUUGGGGCUACAGAAAGUGUUUAAAAAGACACUUGCUUUGACUUUUGUAAAGUGAUUGGCACUCACUGUAUGCCUUGUUUGAAGUAUUUGCAAAUACUGUUUGUCCUAGAUCAGCUUCUUUCUUGUAGAUAGCAACAUCAAGUCAGGUCCGGCAGUUCAGAGGAGAAACCAGGGAGGAAGAAGAAACUAUUACUUACCAGGCAUCUGUUGGCAAAGUAGAAUAUAUCUGUAUCACAUACAGUCAUUUUAGAAAACCUUCAGAGCUACAAGUGCUGCACUGCGGCUUUCAAAGGAAAAAAAUAAACUCAGGUUUUUCGGUAUAAGGAUCCAAAGUUGCCUAAGCCACCUCGCACACUUUCUGUGUCAUUACAGCAACAACGUCCAAAGGUCUAUUUGCUUCUGAGACAUGCAAUAUGUGAACUUUAUGUGUGUUGGAGCAGUCUGUCUUAUAGCUUAGACUUGUGUGUUAAAAAGCUUGAUCAGUUUUUUUUAAGAAACACUGUAUCUUUUAGCAUUUUAUAGCAUUUCAUUUUUGUUUUAGCAAUAUAACAUGGCACAUCCUUUAUUUCAAAAUGUUAGCUAAAGACACUGACCUGAACAUGAGAUUUAUUUUGCUUAACAAAGGUGCAGCCUUUUAUUUUUUUAUACUUGUUACCAUAGCUAAUUAAUUCAAAAACAAAAUAAUCAUGUCCCAACUCCUGAGGUAAAUGUUUGUAUUUAGUGUCACCUUUGUUACUGAGGGAUACAGAGAGCUGCGCCUUCCAAAUCUAAACCUUUGAUUGUACUGUAAAUAUAAUGCUUAAAAAUGUACAUAAUUGUGUUGCUAUAAUUCAUGUAAUUUAAGAGAUGUUAUCCACAAAUCUUAUCUUUUUUUGUGAUCAGUGGUCAGAGAACAUGAUUUUGCUCAGGUGCUUCACGUAUCAUGAAUGAUGACAUUAACAUUUUGACAUACAAGAAAAUGAUCUGGCCGAUCUCACAAUUUAAAACGCUGAUGCAAAUAUGUAAAUAUUGUCAUAUUUUGAUGAGAAAAUGAAACUAUUCUGUUACUGAAAAUUUACAUGAAGAUGAGGGUUUGUAUCCACUACUUUGGUGACGUAAAUGUAAAAGUAUUUCAUUUGAUUGAAAGUGACAUUUGAAGUCUGUUGUCAAGGCUUUAACAUGAUUGAGAUGAGCUCUGACUGUAGCAUACUAUGAUUUAAACUUUUUUAAUUUGCAAAAUAGAGGGUAAAAUUUCCUCAAAUGUAGAAAUAUAUGUGUCACCAUUCACCAGCAGUUUUCUCCGUUACCCUGCAUGGGAUUCACUGGUAGAUGGUUUGUAACACGUACACAAAGCAUUACUGUAGGCUCAAUGUGACCCCAUAUGCGGUACACAGUACCUUACAAAGUUAUUAUUUCAGGUUUUCUGUCUUGUUUUUGUUUCAAGAAGUUGCACAGCUACACAGUAUGUUAAAAGAGAUUAUAUUGUAUAUUGGGGAGACCGAGCUUCUGCUUCUUUCUUGAGUUUUUCCCUCAUCGUCAUACGAUGAAGCUGAGGGAAGAAGGCAAGAAGACGAAGAAUAUUUAAAUGAAUCGUUACACUCCUCAGCUCUCACUCUCCACUGUUGACAUUAAGCACAUGUUAUAAAUUGUGUGUACAGAAUGUGUAACUGUUGAUUCAUUUUAAGAUUGUACGGCUACAUCAGGCUUAUGCACGAGGGUGGAGGCAUAACUCUCUCUUUGUUCACUUUCAUAGAAACGUGUGGUCUGGGAUCAUUUUCUUGGAUUUGACUCCUCUUUAACUUCUGAGAAAUAGUAAAGAAGAGAGAGUGGGACUUAUGUGAGAGUUGUGAGCUCCACUCCAGCCUUCUACACUGCUGUGAAGUCUUCAUUGUAAUGCACUGGUUUGUCAGACUGUAUGCUUCCUCAUCAGCACAGAAAUGAACUGAAUCUUAUGUACAAAAAUAAAGACUUUUUACGAA